CCCCGGCCCCGGCUCCGGCCACCGCGGCGCCGGCGGCUCGGGUCCCGAGUCGGGGAAGGAGAGCGGCGGCGGACGCAGCCGCUGGAACUGAGGGCGGAUUUUGGCUCUGCGGGCGCGCCCUCCGCUCCCUCUGGCAGCCGCGCCAGGUCUGAGCGGGGCCGGCGACAGGGCGGGAGGACGCAGACCCUCUCCCCUGGCUCGGAGCCGCCGGAGUUCGGACUUCAGCAACUGUUGGCACUUUGGGGGUUUGGCUCUGUUUUUGGCUGUUCACCCGCCUCUUCUCGCCGCCUGGAAAGCAAAGCUCCCGGCCGCCCUCCGCCCUCGCGCUCACCCAGCGCCACCGGGGAGCGGCCCGGCGCGCACUCAGCACCAUGAGCCGACUUGGUACUUGCCUGGCGACUUUGGCUGGACUUUUACUAACUGCGGCGGGGGACACGUUUUCAGGUGGCUGCCUCUUUGAUGAGCCUUAUAGCACCUGUGGAUACAGCCAAGCUGAAGAUGAUGACUUCAAUUGGGAGCAAGUGAACACCUUGACCAAACCAACUUCUGAUCCAUGGAUGCCAUCAGGCUCUUUCAUGUUGGUGAACACGUCCGGGAGGUCAGAGGGACAGAGAGCCCACCUGCUCUUACCUCAGCUCAAAGAGAAUGACACCCACUGCAUUGAUUUUCACUACUUUGUAUCCAGCAAGAGUAAUUCUGCUCCCGGGUUCCUCAAUGUCUAUGUGAAGGUCAACAGCGGGCCUCUGGGGAGCCCGAUCUGGAACGUAUCUGGAGACCCGAACCGCACCUGGAACAGGGCUGAACUGGCCAUUAGUACUUUCUGGCCCAACUUCUAUCAGGUGGUUUUUGAAGUCAUAACUUCUGGACAUCCAGGCUACCUCGCUAUUGAUGAAGUCAAGGUGUUGGGACAUCCAUGUACCAGAACUCCCCACUUCCUGCGGAUUCAGAACGUGGAAGUCAACGCGGGCCAGUUUGCCACCUUCCAGUGCAGCGCGAUCGGCAGGACCCUGGCCGGCGACAGGCUCUGGUUACAGGGCAUUGACGUACGAGAUGCUCCCCUGAAGGAGAUAAGGGUGACCAGUUCCCGGAGAUUCAUAGCUUCGUUCAACGUCGUGAACACAACCAAACGAGACGCUGGAAAAUACCGCUGCAUGAUUCGCACCGAUGGAGGUGUUGGCGUAUCGAACUACGCAGAAUUGGUAGUUAAAGAACCCCCUGUUCCCAUCGCGCCCCCACAGCUUGCCUCCGUGGGGGCCACCUACCUGUGGAUCCAACUCAACGCCAACUCCAUCAAUGGGGACGGGCCCAUCGUCGCCCGCGAGGUGGAGUACUGCACCGCCAGCGGGAGCUGGAAUGACCGGCAGCCAGUGGACUCCACCAGUUACAAAAUCGGGCAUCUGGACCCGGACACGGAGUAUGAGAUCAGCGUGCUCCUCACCCGGCCCGGGGAGGGCGGCACCGGGUCUCCCGGGCCUGCACUCAGAACCAGAACCAAGUGUGCCGAUCCCAUGCGUGGCCCCAGAAAACUGGAAGUCGUCGAAGUCAAAUCUCGACAGAUCACAAUCCGUUGGGAGCCAUUUGGAUAUAAUGUCACUCGUUGCCAUAGUUACAAUCUCACAGUCCACUACUGUUACCAGGUCGGAGGGCAGGAACAAGUGCGGGAAGAGGUCAGCUGGGACACGGACAACGCCCACCCUCAGCACACCAUCACGAACCUCUCGCCCUACACCAAUGUCAGCGUGAAGCUCAUCCUUAUGAACCCCGAGGGGCGGAAGGAAAGUCAGGAACUCGUGGUGCAGACCGACGAAGAUCUACCAGGGGCUGUUCCUACUGAAUCCAUCCAAGGAAGUACCUUUGAAGAGAAGAUAUUUCUUCAGUGGCGAGAACCAAUUCAAACGUAUGGUGUCAUCACUUUAUAUGAGGUCACCUACAAAGCCGUCAGUUCCUUUGACCCAGAAAUAGAUUUAUCCAGUCAAAGCGGAAGAGUUUCAAAACUGGGGAAUGAAACCCACUUUCUCUUUUUUGGACUGUACCCGGGAACCACGUACUCCUUCACCAUCCGAGCCAGCACAGCUAAAGGCUUUGGGCCUCCAGCAACGAGUCAGUUCACCACCAAAAUAUCAGCGCCCUCCAUGCCGGCGUACGAACUGGAGACCCCUCUGAAUCAAACCGAGAACACAGUCACGGUCCUGCUGAAGCCUGCCCACAGCCGAGGCGCACCUGUCAGUGUCUACCAAAUAGUUGUUGAGGAGGAACGCCCUCGAAGAACAAAAAAGACGACAGAAAUCUUAAAAUGCUACCCAGUGCCAAUCCACUUCCAGAAUGCUUCCAUCCUGAAUUCCCAGUACUAUUUCGCUGCAGAAUUCCCGGCCAACAGCCUCCAGGCUGCUCAGCCUUUCACCAUUGGUGAUAAUAAGACAUACAAUGGAUACUGGAACACUCCACUCCUUCCCCAUAAAAGCUACAGAAUUUAUUUCCAAGCUGCCAGUAGAGCCAACGGGGAAACCAAAAUAGACUGUGUUCGAGUGGCCACAAAAGCUGCGAUAAUCGUGACUCAGCUUACGACUCCUCAUGUUGGCAUCGCCCCUGCUGCAGGCGACGACCAGCGGACAGGAGCCGCCACUCCCAAACCGGUCCCAGAGCCCGAGAAACAGACGGACCACACGGUGAAGAUCGCCGGAGUCAUCGCUGGCAUCUUGCUGUUCGUGAUCAUAUUUCUGGGGGUCGUGCUGGUGAUGAAGAAAAGGAAACUGGCCAAGAAGCGGAAGGAGACGAUGAGCAGCACACGGCAGGAGAUGACGGUGAUGGUGAGCUCCAUGGACAAGAGCUACGCGGAGCAGGGCACCAGCUGCGACGAGGCUUUCUCCUUCAUGGACACGCACAACCUGAACGGGAGAUCCGUGUCUUCACCGUCGUCCUUUACGAUGAAAACGAACACACUGAGCACAUCGGUGCCUAACUCCUAUUACCCAGACGAGUCGCACACGAUGGCCAGCGACACCAGCAGCUUGGUGCAGUCCCACACCUACAAGAAGCGCGAGCCGGCCGACGUGCCCUACCAGACCGGGCAGCUGCACCCCGCCAUCCGGGUGGCAGACCUGCUUCAGCACAUCACGCAGAUGAAGUGCGCCGAAGGCUAUGGCUUCAAGGAGGAGUACGAGAGCUUCUUUGAAGGGCAGUCUGCACCGUGGGACUCUGCUAAGAAAGAUGAGAACAGAAUGAAGAACAGAUACGGAAAUAUUAUCGCAUACGACCAUUCCCGCGUGAGGCUGCAGACCAUAGAAGGAGACAACAACUCGGACUACAUCAAUGGGAAUUAUAUCGACGGUUAUCAUCGACCCAAUCAUUACAUUGCGACACAAGGACCGAUGCAAGAGACCAUCUACGACUUCUGGAGGAUGGUGUGGCACGAGAGCACGGCGAGCAUCAUCAUGGUGACCAACCUGGUGGAGGUGGGGAGGGUCAAAUGCUGCAAAUACUGGCCAGAUGACACAGAGAUAUAUAAAGACAUUAAAGUUACGCUCAUAGAAACAGAGCUACUGGCAGAAUACGUGAUAAGAACAUUUGCUGUUGAAAAGGGAGGGGCCGGAAGUGACGCACACUGCAGUCCGUCCAGAGAAGCGUCACAGCGAGGUGUUCACGAAAUCCGCGAGAUCAGACAGUUUCACUUCACCGGCUGGCCGGACCACGGCGUCCCCUACCACGCCACGGGGCUGCUGGGCUUCGUCCGGCAGGUCAAAUCCAAGAGUCCGCCCAGCGCAGGCCCGCUGGUGGUGCACUGCAGUGCUGGCGCCGGGAGGACCGGCUGUUUCAUCGUCAUCGACAUCAUGCUGGACAUGGCGGAAAGGGAAGGCGUGGUGGACAUCUACAACUGCGUCCGCGAGCUGCGGUCUCGGAGGGUGAACAUGGUGCAGACCGAGGAGCAGUAUGUGUUUAUCCACGAUGCCAUCCUGGAGGCCUGUCUUUGUGGAGACACCUCGGUACCUGCUUCCCAAGUGAGGUCUCUGUAUUAUGACAUGAACAAGCUGGAUCCGCAGACAAACUCGAGCCAGAUCAAAGAGGAGUUCCGGACCCUGAACAUGGUGACGCCGACCCUGCGCGUGGAAGACUGCAGCAUCGCGCUGCUGCCCCGGAACCAUGAGAAGAACCGCUGCAUGGACGUCCUGCCCCCUGACCGCUGCCUGCCCUUCCUCAUCACCAUCGACGGCGAGAGCAGCAACUACAUCAACGCCGCCCUCAUGGACAGCUAUAAGCAGCCUUCAGCUUUUAUAGUCACCCAGCACCCUUUGCCAAACACAGUGAAAGACUUCUGGAGGCUGGUCCUGGACUACCACUGCACGUCCGUAGUGAUGCUGAAUGAUGUGGAUCCCGCCCAGUUGUGUCCACAGUACUGGCCCGAGAACGGCGUACACAGACACGGCCCCAUUCAGGUGGAGUUCGUCUCCGCGGAUUUAGAAGAAGACAUCAUCAGCAGGAUAUUCCGCAUUUAUAACGCAGCCCGGCCCCAAGACGGGUAUCGGAUGGUGCAGCAGUUCCAGUUCCUGGGCUGGCCCAUGUACAGGGACACGCCGGUGUCCAAGCGCUCCUUCCUGAAGCUCAUCCGCCAAGUGGACAAGUGGCAGGAGGAGUACAACGGCGGGGAGGGCCGCACGGUCGUGCACUGCCUGAACGGCGGCGGCCGCAGCGGGACCUUCUGCGCCAUCAGCAUCGUCUGCGAGAUGCUGCGGCACCAGAGGACGGUGGACGUCUUCCACGCGGUGAAGACGCUGAGGAACAACAAGCCCAACAUGGUGGACCUGCUGGACCAGUACAAGUUCUGCUACGAGGUAGCCCUGGAAUACUUGAAUUCGGGCUGACGGCACCCCGAGCCCUGCAGACGCGCCUUUCAGCCCGCGGGGCCAGGACGGCCCGCGGAGUUGGUGCGGACGAGAUGAAGGCUUCUCAAUACGCUUCCUUUGCUUUGCAUCCUCGGCUCUUUGAAGAGCCCAAGCGAGCGUUGCUAAAAGCGCUUGCGCUGCCCAGCCCCCAGCAGCGCUGCCGCCGCCAGAGGCCUCCCCGCAUCUCCCCGUCGCCAAGCUCCAGCGUCCCGGGCGCCGGGUCCCUGGAGCGGCGUGGAAAGCUGGCGAACUGAAGAGCACAAUUAUAUUCUUAUGAAGGAAUUUGUACCUUUGGGGUAUUAUUUUGUGGCCCGUGAACCUUCAUUAUUGUUACAGCUGAGUGUACAUUUUUGUUCUGUGGAGAAUGCUGCCCAGCAUUACGGUAAUAUAUUAUUUUAGUUAAUAUUUGUACUUUAACAUGUUGCACCAUAGAAGUUUCUGUAGCUUCCCGAGACUAACAGAUAAACGCGUCAUGAACAGAGAUAAGUUGUCUGAGUUGUGGUUUCUAUCAGAUUUGUAUUGUUUCCGAGGGAAAAGCUUGGGAGGGAGUUCAGUUCAGAACCGCAGAAGUCGGCUGUCAAGAGUCAGAGAUCCGAGGCUUUUCCCUUUGUGUAUAUUGUAAAUAUCUUUGAGUUCAUCCAAAUUAUUUAUUCAUUAAAAGAAAUUUUUGUGAA